GCUACCCAAAGCUAAAGGGAUGAACUAACUACAAGCGCCUCCCGCUGCCGCCGGGGGCGCAGGGGAGCCCAGCAGCGACGGUGUCGCAAAAGCGUCGCGAAGACGUCCGUCCGCCCUUGGCGGCUCCAGGCCACCUGUAUAAGAGAACGUGCUGGGGUUUGAAAACAAGUAUGGAGGUUGGGGAGGUCCCAGGAGGAUUUGGGUAUUCGAGAGAAAAGCGGCUCUUUAGUGCCCCAGGCUGCUGAGCUCUCGGUGCCUGUUUUUGUGCGGCGCGGCCGCAGGGCCAUGCUGGCCUCGCGUGUGGCGCGCGGCUCGUGGGGAGCCUUGCGCGGCGCCGCAUGGGCUCUGAGGGCGCGGCGGGGCAAGGAGAGCGCCCUAGGGCCCCUGCUGUCGCCCGCGCCUUGGUGCCUGGGGUUCCUGGCAGAGCGCUGGUGGCUGCGCCCCGCCGCGCUCGGCCUGCAGCUGCCUGGGGCAUUCUCGCGGGGUCGCUGCUCAGGCGCGGGGAAGGCGACCCCCGGGCCCACUGCCGGAGGCGGUGCGGCCGCCGAGGCCCGGGGCGGCCGGUGGGGCCCGGCGAGCGCCGCCAGCCUGUAUGAAAACCCAUGGACAAUCCCAAAUAUGUUGUCAAUGACGAGAAUUGGCUUGGCCCCAGUUUUGGGCUAUUUGAUUAUCGAAGAAGAUUUUAAUAUUGCACUAGGAGUUUUUGCUUUAGCUGGACUAACUGAUUUGUUGGAUGGAUUUAUUGCUCGAAACUGGGCCAAUCAAAAAUCAGCUUUGGGAAGUGCUCUUGAUCCACUUGCUGAUAAAAUACUUAUCAGUAUCUUAUAUGUUAGCUUGACCUAUGCAGAUCUUAUUCCAGUUCCACUUACUUAUAUGAUAAUUUCAAGAGAUAUAAUGUUGAUUGCUGCUGUUUUUUAUGUCAGAUAUCGAACUCUUCCAACACCGCGAACACUUUCUAAGUAUUUCAAUCCUUGCUAUGCCACUGCUAGGUUAAAACCAACUUUCAUCAGCAAGGUAAACACGGCAGUCCAGUUAAUCUUGGUGGCAGCUUCUUUGGCAGCUCCGGUUUUCAAUUAUGCUGACAGCAUUUACCUUCAGAUACUAUGGUGUUGCACAGGUUUCACCACAGCUGCAUCAGCUUACAGUUACUAUCAUUAUGGUCGGAAAACUGUUCAGGUGAUAAAAGGCAGAUGAAGGUCACCCAUCAUCCUUAGCAAGGAAGCAAUACACAUCAUCGGCAGCGGGGCCCAUGGAAAUCUAUAGGAGUUUCCCUAGUUUGGUGUUCAGCUUGAAAAAGGACUUGUCAGAACAAACCAUGUCAUCACAAUUUAAGUAAUGUGCAUUGAAAAUAAGUUUGAUCAUGGGCAUAUGUGAAAUUUCCAAUGUAUUUUUAAAUACAAAUAAAACUAUCAUUUAGAAUUUUUUUAUCUUGGGUUUCUUGAUUAACUCUAAGGAACCAGUUAUUCCAAUUAUUGUCAGUCACUUUUUAAUAUUUAAAAAAAAAAAAAAAAAAAUAGACCAGAGCAUGGAAGCUGGAAAA